GUUCCAUUCCCGGGGGAUUGGAGUAGCUUUGGAGUCACUGACGCCAUCCCCUCCCGCCUCUGGCGUUCAUGGAGCAUGCGCUUCCUCCCUCACUUCCUCUCCAGGAGGGAGCGAGAGUAAAGCUACGCCCUGGCGCGGCAGUCUCGGCGUCACAGGAACUUCAGCACCCACGGGGCGGACAGCGCUCCCCUCUACCUGGAGACUUGACUCCCGCGUGCCCCAACCCUGCUAAUCCAUUGACCCCCGAGGGUCAGAGAUCCCGCUGCAGCCCAGUCCCGGCCCCUCUCCCGCCCCACACCCGCCCUCCUGGCUCUUCCUGUUUUUACUCCUCCUUUUCAUUCAUAACAAAAGCUACAGCUCCAGGAGCCCAGCGCCGGGCUGUGACCCAAGCCGAGCGUGGAAGAAUGGGGUUCCUCGGGACCGGCACUUGGAUUCUGGUGUUAGCGCUCCCGAUUCAAGCUUUCCCCAAACCUGGAGGCAGCCAAGACAAAUCUCUACAUAAUAGAGAAUUAAGUGCAGAAAGACCUUUGAAUGAACAGAUUGCUGAAGCAGAAGCAGACAAGAUUAAAAAAACAUAUCCUCCAGAAAACAAGCCAGGUCAGAGCAACUAUUCUUUUGUUGAUAACUUGAACCUGCUAAAGGCAAUAACAGAAAAGGAAAAAAUGGAGAAAGAAAGACAAUCUAUAAGAAGCUCCCCACUUGAUAAUAAGUUGAAUGUGGAAGAUGUUGAUUCAACCAAGAAUCGAAAACUGAUAGAUGAUUAUGAUUCUACUAAGAGUGGAUUGGAUCAUAAAUUUCAAGAUGAUCCAGAUGGUCUUCAUCAACUAGACGGGACUCCUUUAACUGCUGAAGACAUUGUCCAUAAAAUUGCUACCAGGAUUUAUGAGGAAAAUGACAGAGCAGUGUUUGACAAGAUUGUUUCUAAACUACUGAAUCUUGGCCUUAUCACAGAAAGCCAAGCACAUACACUGGAAGAUGAAGUAGCGGAGGUUUUACAAAAAUUAAUCUCAAAGGAAGCCAACAAUUAUGAGGAAGAUCCCAAUAAGCCAACCAGCAGAACUGAGAAUCAGGCUGGAAAAAUACCAGAGAAAGUGACUCCAAUGGCAGCAAUUCAAGAUGGUCUUACUAAGGGAGAAAACGAUGAAAUAGUAUCUAACACCUUAACCUUGACAAAUGGCUUGGAAAGGAGAACUAAAACCUACAGUGAAGACAACUUUGAGGAACUCCAAUAUUUCCCAAAUUUCUAUGCAUUACUGAAAAGUAUUGAUUCAGAAAAAGAAGCAAAAGAGAAAGAAACACUGAUUACUAUCAUGAAAACAUUGAUUGACUUUGUGAAGAUGAUGGUGAAAUAUGGAACAAUAUCUCCAGAAGAAGGUGUUUCCUACCUUGAAAACUUGGAUGAAAUGAUUGCUCUUCAGACCAAAAACAAGCUAGAAAAAAAUGCUACUGACAAUAUAAGCAAGCUUUUCCCAGUACCAUCAGAGAAGAGUCAUGAAGAAACAGACAGUACCAAGGAAGAAGCAGCUAAGAUGGAAAAGGAAUAUGGAACCUUGAAGGAUUCCACAAAAGAUGAUAACUCCAACCCAGGAGGAAAGACAGAUGAACCCAAAGGAAAAACGGAAGCCUAUUUGGAAGCCAUCAGAAAAAAUAUUGAAUGGUUGAAGAAACAUGACAAAAAAGGAAAUAAAGAAGAUUAUGACCUUUCGAAGAUGAGAGAUUUCAUCAACCAACAAGCUGAUGCUUAUGUGGAGAAAGGCAUCCUUGACAAGGAAGAAGCUGAGGCCAUCAAGCGCAUUUAUAGCAGCCUGUAAAAAUGGCAAAAGAUCCAGGAGUCUUUCAACUGUUUCAGAAAACAUAAUAUAGCUUAAAACACUUCUAAUUCUGUGAUUAAAAUUUUUUGACCCAAGGGUUAUUACAAAGUGCUGAAUUUGCAGUAGUUAACCUUUUACAAGUGGUUAAAACAUAGCUUUCUUCCCGUAAAAACUAUCUGAAAGUAAAGUUGUAUGUAAGCUGAGA